AUGGCAACACUCGGAGGGUCUACGCGAUCCAAUGGUCCACAUGUUGCGGCUCUUCCACCAGCUGAAGCCAACGCCAACAGUGAUGGAGUCAUCAAGGAUUCCUUUGACAAGAAGAUGCGCCUCCUUCCAUUUUGCAUGUGUGAGCAGGCUCUCACCUUCACGGGACCUUCCGAUGCUCUGGGUGUUGAGUGGGCUAAUUCAAAGAGUGCUCUGGCGGUUGGAACAAUGAAGUUUCUUGCUCGCACGGUUCAUAGCGGUGUCAUAGAAGAUCGUGCACAUAAUCAAUGCGCAGAUCACUAUGUCACAACUUUCUUUAUGUACGCUUUCCUCAUGAAGCUGCCUCACUUGAUUACUCCAAAUAUCAAGGUCAUUGGAGUCACCGGGAUUCGGAGCAUCAAUGCAUUGGUCUCUCUCUGUACUCAGUUCGAGGAGACUGAGAACAACGAACUGCAUUGGGAGCGAAAGGAGGUCGGACCUGAAAAAUUCGAACCAGUCGGAUUCAAAUCCAAGGAGCCGAGCAGAAAUGCCCUGGUCGGCGAGUGCAUUGCUGAUGCCAUGGAGUACUUUGAGGCACUCUGUCAUGGCGACACAGCCAAAGUCAAUGAAUUGAAACCAAAACUCAUCAGCCUACUCCAAAACAUCAGCAACAUAUGCAAUGAUCUCAAUCCCAAGCCGAUGGUCCCAGCCAAAGUCAAAAAGCAGGACACGAAUCCUAUCGCUCACAAAGGAGCGCUGACAAUUGAUAUUUUGCAUUGGGAAGGGGAGACAAAUGGGCGUAAACUUUGGAUUCCGGAGAUUCCUCUUCGGCAGACCGUGUUGGCUGAGCAGCGAGUUGAUGCCUGGAGAGACCAGAGAGGCGACACGCAACUGGCUUUGUUUUGUCUCUCAUUUCCAGGCAAACCUCUGCACACAUUCUUGUGCCGAUUCAUGUGUGCCUCGUUGAACUCUGUGGAAGAAGUUGAACGCAAGGCUGAGGAGAUUAUGGCGGCUGUUGAUGCAACAACACGAAAGAGGUUCAUCAAUUUCGUGAAGAAAGCCACUCAUUGUCUGGGCAGCACGCCUCAAAGCUUCUUGGGAAAUGGAAACAAUAACGAGGAUCAGGCAGAGUCCAUCCGGAUUUUCCUAGAGAGUGCAGCUGGCCCACCGCAAGUGGUCGAUCUGACUGAGGAUACACCGGCAGAUCCAAGCGAUGAGGCCAUGCCUGAUGCUGCUGAGACUGCACGCAACGAGGCACUUUCGCAGCCCGAGGCCGGUGCUCCCGAGGAUGAUCUCAAAGCCAAGCUACAAGCUAUGAAAAACGAACGGAAUGAGGCACUCUCGCGGCUUGGGAAGGCCCAGCAAGAGCUCCAGACCGCCAGUGCAAGCCAGGACGACCUCAAAAGCAAGCUACAAUCUACAGAGCACGAACGGAACGAGGCGCGUUCACAGCUUGCUCUUGCUCGACAGCAACUCAAAGAGUAUCGCUCUCUCCAGGAAGAGCUCACAAGGAGCAAGGACCGAGAAAAGAGUUUGAUGGCCCAGGUUGAUGCUGUUGUGAGAGCACUGGAUACGGGUGAGAGAUCACUGGAUACUUGUGAGAGAGCACUGAAUACGGGUGAGAAAGCACUACGGGAUAGCCAAGAACAGCUACGGGAUAGCCAAGAAGCUAAAGAUCGACUCAAGGCAGAGCUCUCCAAUUCGAAGAAAGAAAAUGAAUGCCUUGCUCAACAUCUCAUGAAGAUGACUAAGAUCAACAAGAUGCGGGCAGCCAAGGAAGCCGACACCCGUCAAGAUGAAUCCACAGAAAUGGAGGCACAGGCAACAACAACACAAGAAAUGUCCACGGCAGCAGCACCUGGGGUAGGCACAUGCACUGUGCAACAAUCUGUGGCUACAGUUCCGAAAGAAGGAGUCGGUCAGAAAAUGAAACGAGAUGCAACGAAGGAUCAUAGCAAGUCUCAGGAAGAUGGCAAAGACAACAAUCCUCAACAUCCCAAGAAGCAACGUCGUGAAUCUUCUGUGACUUUGGGAGAAGCUUCUGGACCUUCUCCCAGCACCAACCGUGGCACCACUUUCAUCGGAGCGGUUCGUGUCAAGUGUGAAUCUGUGCCUGCCAGCUCUCCCGGGGACGAUCCAGAAGUGUUGAAUACCGCCUCUCCCGGCACCAACCGUGACACCUCUUUCAUCCGAGCGGUUCGUGUCAAGUGUGAAUCUCCCGUUGACGAUCCAGAAGUGAUGAAUACUGCUGUGGUCGAAAAGGAAGGCUAG